GCAGAGCAGAGCAGAGGUGACAACGAGUGUCCAUCCCCACACAGAUUCUUGUCCAUCGGCGGCGGCGGCGGUGGCGGUGGCGGGGCACUAGCGAGGCGUGCGCAUCGGAGACCGCGUUGCCGGCCAGGCUGGGGCCGGUGGUAAGAUGCACGGGCGCCUGUGUUGCUCCACUCCAUCUCCAUUGAAGCUCUUUCAGUCAGGUUAAUGUGGAUGUUGAGAGCAGAUUGUGGAUGCUAUGCAGCUAAACAGAGCCAUGAAGGAGGCAUCACUGGAUUAUGAUUGCGUACAGAGAAAGUUGUGCUCCUAGAGAACUAUCUUCAGCAAAGCUAGCCAACAAGGGAUCCAGAAUCUCCAUCGCUCAGUUGACUCGAGUCUCAAGCAAUGGGCAGUGAAUUGCUGGAUUCUGGCCGGAUGCAAAGAACGUGGUGCUCCUAAAGAACUACUAUCUUCAGCAAAGCUAGCCAACCAGGGAUCUAGAAUCUCCAUCACUCCAGCACCUCGAGUCUCAAGCAAUGGGCAGUGAACUGCUCGCAGCAACGGUUGCACCACCGGCAGAGCCUCCGUUGAUCCCGUCCACGACCACUACCACCACUACCACCGACAACGGGACCACCACCACAACCAUCACAACAAUCACCACCACCACCACAUCCUCCGCUGCCGCCGCCGAUGGCACCACUACCACUACCAUCACAACCACUACCACCACAACAACAACAACCACCACAACCACCUCCAACGCCACAACCAUAUCAUCCCUCUGUGAUGACGACCUUCGCGAGAUCUUCAUCCGCCUCCCGAACCUACCGGCUCUCAUACGUGCCGCGUUCACCUGUCGCUCCUGGCUCGGAGCCAUCCGCUCCUCUUCAUCCUUCCGCCGCCGGUUCCGCGCUCUCCACCCGGCGCCCCUCAUUGGGCUCUUUCUCAAAAUUGACGAUGCUACCACCCCCUCCUUCGUCCCUCUGUUCCGGUCAGAUCCUGACAUCACCGCUGCCCUCCGCUGCGGGGACUUCUUCCUCACUUCCCUUCCAUUCAAGGCCGACACAUUCUCCGGUUGGAGUAUCACCGACUGCUGCGAUGGAUACAUCCUCCUAUGGGACAUGCUUGAAAAGCCAUCCAUCGCUGCAGUGAACCCCAUGACCUGGGCCGUGGACAUCAUCCCGGUGCCCGACAAUGUCAGGGCUGGGAGACGCCGCAAGUUCUCCUUCCUUGGUUUCCAUCUGCUUUGUUCUGAUGAGAACCCCUGGUCGUUCCGUGUGGUCUGCGUCUGCUCGGAUCAGCGAAAGAUGAUCCGUGUCGCCAUCUUCUCGUCGGAGACGUGGGAUUGGGUCGUCCACCCAUGGGUGCACGUCGGUGGUGACCACAGCCUAAAGUUCAGUGCUGGAAUGCUGGUGGAUGGUUCCAUUUACUGGCCUUACCAUGGCGAAGGACGAAUGGUAAGGAUCAACACUGCGACCAUGGUUAUCACCACUGUGAAUCUACCAUCACAGGUGAGGGUGGAGGGGUUCAAUUUCAUGGUUGGGGAAACUAAGGAUGGCCAACUAUGCAUCGUCUAUGAAUCUGAUUUCUUCCUUCAUGUUUGGAUCCGUGGCGUGGACGGUGAUGGAACUGCGAUUUGGUUGCUGCAAUAUGUAAUCUUUUUGAGAGAAGAAAUUGAUCGGAUCACUCAAGGGUUCGCUUUGGAGUUGCAGGGCGACCUCAAAGUUAUGCAAGUUAGGUAUGGUUACGUGUACAUGUCCACGACAUGCACGACCCCAGCCGGCACGCUCCACUGCUGGUUCUUCUCCCUUUCAUUGGCGACCUUGGAGCUUGAGUUACUGGUGGAGGGGAAAUUUGAUGGCUGUGCCCAUCUGUAUAAUAUGGCCUGGCCUCCUUCUUUGGUUGGUGAUGACAGGAGCACAGGGCAUGAAGUUGAAGCUUCUCACUGAAGCCUGCAGUUGUUUGUCGUACAAGGAAAUUGAAUGGAAAUUUGUGGGUACGAGCUAACAGUUAUUAGUUACUGUUUUGUUGAUGCAAAAUAUUAUCUAGAGACCAUGUAUCUUAAGUAAUUGUUAUCGCCAUAGAAACCUUUAGAUUCUUUGCAAAUAUUGGUACGUUUCUGGAGCUAAUGGAUGUUAUGGACGAUUGGGUUUU